AAGAAGAAGAAGAAGAAGAAGAAGAAGAAGAGUGUCCAAACAGGCAGAAAACACCAGGUGAAAUGACUGAAAUCUCUGAUAUUGUAAAGAGGAUGUUUAUUAAAGAGGAGAGCGAAGACAUCAAGAUUGAAGAAGCAUUUAGAGUGAAACACGAAGCGUCUGAGGAACAAACAGACCUAAUGGCACUGAAAGAGGAGAGGGAAGUACUCGAUGAAAUUGACGUGAAAGAUCAAUAUGAGGAUCUUCUUGAUUUCACAACUGGAGAUAAAUCUUUUUGUUGUUCACAGACUGAAAAGUCCUCCACACGAAAAACGGCUCAAAAGAGAGGGGAAAAAAGUGAUUUUACUUGUUUUAAGUUUGGACAGAGUUUCAAUCAAAAAGUAAAACCUCAAGUCCAUUUGAGAACUGGAAAGAGGCAUUUCACUUGCCAACAGUGUGGAAUAAGAUUCACUCUAAAAGGAAGCUGGAACAGGCACAUGAGAAUUCACACGGGAGAAAAGCCUUACACCUGCCAACGAUGUGGAGAGAGUUUUGCUCUACAUAGAAACCUUAAAUUCCACAUGAGAAUUCACACUGGAAAGAGCCUUUUUACCUGCAAACAGUGUGGAAGAAGUUUUAACAGAAAAGGAAACCUUAUUGUCCACAUGAGAAUUCACACUGGAGGGAGCCCUUACACCUGCCAACAAUGUGGAAUAAGUUUCACUCAGAAAGGAAGCAUUAACAGGCACUUGAGAAUUCACACUGGAGAAAAGCCUUACACAUGCAUUCAGUGUGGAAAGAGUUUUGCUCAACUUGUAAACCUUAAAGUCCACGUAAGAAUUCACACUGGAGAGAGCCCUUACACAUGUUUUCGGUGUGGAAAGAGUUUCGAUAAGAAUGAAAACCUUAAAGUCCAC